AUGCAGUGGUCAGCUCAAGGGCAAUUUCCUAACAAUAGCUUUGUUCAAGAUGCUUUCUGCACCCCCCAACUCUUCGCUUCAAACGCGGCCAGCACCGAGUACCCUCAACAAGCUUUCAAUGGCAUGUCAUUCAACGCCAAUCAUGCUAUCAAGUACCCGCUCGAGUGUACAUCAAGCUGUCCUCGCGUCUUCCAGAACAUCGACUUCGCCAGCCGCUCCAGUGACAUGACAGCAUCCUAUCCGCCAGCAGCCUACUUCCAUUCCCCACCCCAGCUCCGCUCGACCCCUUCGCUUCCAGAUAACUCCACACCGGAGCUCACACAGCUGAACGACGACUGGGACCUUCACUACGGCACUCACAUCAAGCAUGAGGAUCAGCACGACUACAACAGCCCGUACUCUGAGAUGUCUCGCGCCUCAACACCAUACUCCACUGGCCAUGAGGACGAGCCUAUCGACAAGGAGCAGCCAUACGCACAGCUCAUCUUUCGCGCCCUGCUCGACGCACCAGACCACACCAUGGUGCUGCGCGAUAUCUACGACUGGUUCAGGAGACAUACUGAUAAGGCGACGCACAGCGAGACGAAAGGUUGGCAGAACAGUAUCCGGCACAACCUCAGCAUGAACGGCGCUUUUGAGAAGGUUGACUCGCCCUCCGAUGCGACGACAAAGGGCUUCAUGUGGCGUCUCACCCAGGCCGCCCUCCUCGAGGGCGUCAAGUCCACAACUCGCUACCGCUCCAAAGCUCCCAACAAGCGAUCGCACCGCACACAGCCCCAGCCUCAGCGUCAAGCUUCCGGUGCUAAGGGUGGUCACGCUGCUCGUCGCGCUGCCAACCUGCGCCGCUCUCAGCGUGCUCGUGAGGCUGGGAUGUACCAGCGGCCUACACCCAGCAGCGACCCAUACUCGAACGGUGGAUAUGGUAGCGAGUGGGAGGGUAGCAGCGUCUACACACCGUCAUCAGCCUACCAUUCCCGUAUUGAUAGCCCGUACAGUCGGAUGUCCAUGACGUACGACACGCCAAGGGACAGCACAUCUUACUCGCCUAUGCUUGAUAUGGCGUCGCAACUUGUCUCUCCGCCACGCAGCUACGCUUCAACUCCUGUCACCCCGGCUACGCCACUCAGCCAAGGGUUCAUGGGUGGUGACACUGCAUACGUCCUGGAGCAGACGCCUGGUGAGCCCCUCUUUGGUGGCAGCCCCACACCUAGUGCAGAUGAGCCGAUCACCCCUGCUGAUAGUCGUCACGCUUGGGAGCAGAAUAUGUCCAUGGGGAUUGAUAUUUACGACGAUCUGUCGCAGUUCGGUGGCGCGGUAUGA